AUGGCACCUACACAACACCAUGUCGCCGCUCAGCUCCGCCAACUGAUCUACUAUCACCUCGACAACAACCUGCUCAAAAACGCCCUCUUCCUCGCAUCCCGUCUCGUUGCCUAUGAACCCCGUUCCCCCGAAGCGGCCUACUUACUCGCCUACUGUCAAUUUCAAUCGGGGUUUCUGAAAGCGGCAUGGGACACUUCACGCGCUGCAGCUGUCAAAGGUAUCCAUUUGGGGUGCGCUUACGUUUUCGCUCAAUCCUCUCUCGAACUCGGUCGUAUCCUCGAAGGCCUCACUGCGCUUGAGAAGUGUAAACACCACUGGCAAAAUAGAAACACGUGGGGUCAACAUAAUGAAUCAAGACGACAGCACCUUCCCGAUGCUGCGGCCGUCUUAUGCCUCAAAGGGAAGCUGUGGAAAGCGCAUAAAAAUGCGGAUCAGGCAGUGGAGUGCUGGGCCGCCUCUCUGAAAUUGAAUCCGUUCAUGUGGGAUGCAUUCAUGGGGCUAUGCGACGCUGGUGCGAAGAUCAGUGUGCCCAACAUCUACAAGUUGAGCAAUGAAAUGGUAGCAGCCGCACAUUCAGCCCAACAGCACAGUGCAAGGAUCGAGAAUGCUGCGGCAGACAAGGGCUUGGGUGCGAUAUCACAAGUACCAUCAGAUCCGUUUGUCUCGACCCAAAAGUCAAACGUGCAACAACCACCCGGAAACCCAGUGCUAUGGGAGAAGCUUAACGGAAGUAAAAUGAGCGUCAACACGGUCAGUGCGAUUCUGGACGAGGAAGGUCUCGCUACUCCCUCAACGGAGGCCGAAGUGGAAGAGGGUGUCCUUCAAGGCGCUCCGCUCAACAAUCAAUACCACGAACCGCCGCCGGCACCAAUAAGAAAAGCGAAGACCUUGACCGAAACACAUGCGGAUCCUCCUCCUAGGUGGAAGUCAGGAUCUACCCGGAUGAGGACAAAAGCAAAAGGGACAUCGGAUGAUCCCACCACGGUCUUGCAAGACCCUCCACAGCCACCGCCAGCGGCACCUUCUAAGAGAACGGUGUCGGGCCAACUGGCUCCAACAUCAUCGCAUGCUGCUCCACCAAGUAUUACUGAAGGGACCAGAAGAAGUAACCGGCUGCUAAAUACUACGAGGCCACCGAGUGCGAGUAGCACAGCCGGGAGCAAGAUUUCAUCUCUGGCGAAUACGCUCGGCUUAAGGGAGGGGCGGGAUAUCAAGAAGGCGAAGGCCCCAGCUGCGAAGGGCAGAAUAGCCAACGCCUCAACUGUGGGGAGAGUUGUGAGUGGGAAUAGAACGAGAACCGGGUCGGCAGACCAAAUGGACGUGGACGCGAAAGAACAGAAAAAUGUUCCCAAUGCAAAUGCACCUCUUCCGGUACCGCCUCUGCCCACCCACAAAACACGAGCACCAUCGACUGUGGACAAGGAGCUCGAAGCACUCCAAACUCUUUUGGAUCUGUGUGGGAGAAUUGCUUCUGCCCAGCUCUGCCUUUCCAACUUCGACUGCCAAACCGCUAUUCAAAUGUACAAUGCCCUCCCUUCGUCCCAACGUGAGACACCUUACAUCCUAAGUCAGAUCGCCAAAGCAUAUUACGAACAAGCAUCCUACAGCGAGGCCGAGAAAUUCUUCAUCCGCGUCCGCCAGCUUGCACCCACUCGCCUCGAAGACAUGGAAGUCUACUCUACGGUCCUCUGGCACUUGAAAUCAGAGAUCGAACUCGCCUACCUGGCGCACGAGCUCAUCGAGAUUGACCGGUUAUCACCUCAAGCGUGGUGCGCCGUCGGGAAUUCCUUCUCACUCCAGCGCGAACACGAACAGGCAUUGAAAUGCUUCAAGCGCUCAACGCAACUCGACUCCCAAUUCGCGUAUGGAUUCACGCUCCAAGGACAUGAAUACGUCGCCAAUGAGGAAUUCGAGAAAGCACUUGAAGCGUAUAGAGCGGCGAUCGCCGCGGAUGGGAGACAUUACAAUGCCUGGUACGGAUUAGGAAAAGUGUACGAGAAAAUGGGCAAGUGGAAUAUUGCGGAGCAGCAUUACCGAACGGCGGCGAAAAUUAAUCCCACGAACGCGGUGUUGAUAUGUUGUAUCGGUCUCGUUCUCGAGAAACAGAAACAUCACGAAGACGCACUGCUUAUGUACACUCGCGCGUGCAGCCUGGCACCCCAAUCGGCCUUGAGCCGGUUCAAGAAAGCAAGAUGUCUGAUGAGCCUAGGCCGGCCGAGGGAGGCGCUUGCCGAACUGAUGAUAUUAAGGGAUGUGGUGCCGGAUGAGGCAAAUGUGUGGUUUCUAAUGGGACGACUGUACAAGACGUUGAGGGACAAAGCCAAUGCGGUAAGAGCCUUUACCAUGGCGCUGAACUUGGAUCCGAAGGCUGCUCAGUUCAUCAAGGACGCGAUGGAGAGUCUGAACGAGGAUAACGACGAUUAUGACGAGGAUGAAGAUAUGGACUGA